CAUGCCGACUAUACAAUUGGAUGGAUUUGCGCAUUGCCAAAGGAGCAAACUGCAGCAAUUGCCAUGCUGGACCGAGAGCACCCGGAUCUUCCACCCCCCGACAAUGAUGACAAUGUCUAUACUUUAGGGUCAAUUGGCGGGCACAAUGUCGUUAUAACCUGUCUACCAAAAGGGAGAUACGGUACCAAUUCUGCGGCGACAGUCGCGAAAAAUAUGAUUGGCUCCUUUCCCUCCAUCAAAUUCGAGCUAUUAGUUGGCAUUGGAGGCGGCAUCCCAUCCAAGGUUCGACUCGGGGAUGUUGUGGUCAGCGCGCCAACUGAUCAAUACCCAGGAGUUGUUCAAUGGGAUUUAGGUAAAGCGGAAGAUGGCGGCAAAUUUCGACGAAUUGGAGCAUUGAAUAGCCCACCGAAUGCCCUUCUCAAAGUCUUGUCGAAGUUGGAGUCCGAAAAUGAGAUGCAAGGAUCCAAGAUUCCCGGCUUCUUAGAUGAGAUGAAACAGAAGUGGCCGAAAUUAUAUCCAAAAUACUUCUGGAAUGCUUCCCUCAGAGAUCCUCAAGGCAAAGGUAGCGAAGGGGCAGCAAAUACGACAGCGGAUAGCGCGAUUGAUGAGCCUCGGAUGAGAUGCCCAGACAUCCACUACGGCUUGAUCGCGUCCGGUAACCAAGUCAUCAAGGACGCUACAGUCCGAGACUGCCUUGAUGGAGAUCUAGACGGAAAUGUACUGUGCAUUGAGAUGGAAGCAGCAGGAUUAAUGAACAACUUUCCCUGUCUCGUUGUCCGAGGUAUUUGUGAUUAUGCAGACUCGAGUAAGAAUAAGGAUUGGCAAGAGUAUGCAGCAGCUGUAGCAGCAGCUUGUGCGAAGGAAAUUCUUUCUGUGCUACCAGUACAGGUGGUAAAGCGAAUGGGUUCAGUUAAAGAUAUAUUGUGGAGUAUCAAUGCUGAACUUGGAAUCAUUCGGACAACAUGCAGUGAAAUUGUAUCUCGACAAGACAAUAAAGCCUACACAGACUUUCUAGAGUCUCUGACGCCCGUCGACUAUACUUUACAGCAAAAGGAUAGUUUCAGCAAGUGGCAACCUGGAACUUGCCAAUGGCUUCUAAGCUCUGGCAUAUACCGAGAUUGGGUUGAUACCAGUCAGCAAACCUUGUUCUGCCCAGGAAUUCCAGGAGCUGGGAAAACUAUCCUUACAUCUGUUAUAAUUAACAAUCUUUAUGAAAGAUUAAAGAAAGGCAGUAAAGUAGGAAUUGCCUACCUCUACUGCAAUUUUUGGCAACACGCUAAGCAGGAACUCUAUGAUCUAUUGAUAAGCCUAGUGAAACAACUGGCUCUUGGCAUUGACGAUCUACCAAAAGAUGCUAAGAAGAUCAUUGAUGAUUAUAAAGCAAAUAAACAACGCCCAUCGCUGGAUGCUAUAAAAAAUCUUCUUCAAUAUAUUGCAGCGUCAUAUUCGAGAGUAUUUAUCCUUAUUGAUGCUCUGGAUGAAUGCCAGGAAUCAGGUGGUUGCCGAACAAAUCUUCUGGAUGAGAUUUUUUUUCUGCAGGAGAGAGAAAAAGUGAAUAUUUUUGCAACUUCGAGAUUCAUUCCAGAAAUUACAGAAAAGUUCAGGGAUUGCAAAUGCAUCAAAAUUCGGGCGAUCAAAGAAGAUGUGCAAAUUUAUGUACAAGAUCAAUUGAAAAGAGGCCAUAUGGAGCACCUACCGUCUCUAAUCGAGAGUAAGCCGGCACUAAAAGACGCGAUAAUAAGAGAAAUAUCGGAUGCUGUUGAUGGAAUGUUUCUCUUGGCAAAGAUAUAUCUCGAUACACUCGUUGAUAAAGUCACCAUCGCAGACGUUAGAAUGGCAGUGGCACAAUUACCCAAGCAAAUGGCAGGAUCUGGAGAAUCUCAGAGACUAAAAGUUGUGAACCAGGCAUACGAAUUGGCCUGGGAAAGAAUAAAUGGACAACAAGAGGGAUUUCGGGACAUCGCCACGCGGGUUCUUGCGUGGAUCGCCUGUGCAAAGAGACCAUUACACACGUGGGAGCUUCAGCAUGCGCUCGCAGUCAAAGUCGGUAUGAAAGAAAUCGAUAAAGACGCCAUCCCACAGGUUCAUGACAUGAUAUCAUUCUGUGCAGGGUUAGUCACAAUUGAUGAAGAGAGCAAUGUCAUCAGACCAGUGCACUACACAACGCAGGAGUAUAUCAAGACGAAGAAAAGCGACUGGUUCCCCAAUCCGGAGAUAAUGAUUACGGAAACCUGCAUUACAUACCUUUCAUUUACGGCCUUUGAAAAAUGUUUCCUUGACAGGUCUCGCCUACAUUACUUGCUGCGCUCCCACGACUUUUACUUGUAUGCUAGUCGGUUUUGGGGCGAACACACACGUCUUGUCGGAAAGGAACUGGAUAAGAAUGUCCUGGAGUUUCUCAUGAAUGAGGUUAAGAUAUUCAAUGCCUAUCAUGCAAUGCAACAGCAACAACCGGGGGAAUACCGAGACUUGGAGGCUUUCCCAGCAAAGUUUAGUCUACAUCAUGCUGUGCACUUUGGGUUCGACAAAGCAAUCAAUUUGCUACUCAAGAAAGGGUCAAUUAUUAAUAAUCACAAAGCAGUCGCGGAGAUUUUGCUUGACAAUGGAGCCAAUAUUGAAGCAAAAGAUUGCAAGGGUAAUACACCAUUACAGAUAGCCGUCCAAAUUUCCAACAUAGAAGCUGCAGAUUUAUUGCUAAAUAUGGGAGCCAACGUUGAGGCAGCAGAUCCUAAAGGCAACACCCCGCUACACAUAGCGGCCCGAAGAUUUUAUGGGGAGCUUGUACGCUUAUUACUGCAAAAAGGCGCCGAUAUCGAGGCAAGAAAUGGCAAUGGCGACAAGCCGUUGCACAUAGCAGUCCAAAAUUCCAGCAUAAAAGCUGUAGAUUUAUUGCUAAACAUGGGAGCCAACGUUGAGGCAGCAGAUCCUAAAGGCUACACCCCGCUACAUAUAGCAGUCCAAAAUUCCAGCAUAGAAGCUGCAGAUUUAUUGCUAAACAUGGGAGCCAACGUUGAGGCAGUAGAUCCUGAAGGUUACACCCCGCUACACAUAGCGGCCCAAGAUCUGGACGUAGCACUUAUUGAAUUGCUGCUUAAAAAUGGAGCUAGCACUGAGGCGUUGGAUAACGAAGGCCGGACUCCAUUAUUCGCGGUCAUACUAAGUCUUUGCCGCGAGCAUUGCAUUGAAGCAGACGUUGACGUGCUACUAGAAUAUGAAGCAAAUGUUGACGUGCUACUAAAAUAUGAAGCCAAAAUGGAGGCAAUCGACAAUGAGGGCUGUACGGUUUUAAUAUCGGUAGUCGAGAAGGGGGAUAUAAGGGUUUCUGAAUUCUUAAUUCAAAAGGGUGCUUGCAUUGAA